AUGACUACUGAUCAUAUUUGUCCAUGUGAACUUAUAUUAAAAAUUGGUUGUAAUGAAUAUGAUGAAAUUUCAACAGCUAUAAAUAGUCUUCUACGUUCAUGUUUCAUAAAUGAUCAAAAAUUUUUUUCUGUUGAACGUCAAAUUCAACCAACAACAUAUUUUGGUUCAUUUACAACACAUUCAACAACAUCAAAAAUUCCAAUUCAAUGUCAAUCAUUAAGUUGUGUGAUAUUUUUACCUGAUGAAAUUCUUAAAAACAAUGAAAAAAAAGAUUUUUUUAAAUCUAUACAUAUAUGGAAUUUUCAUCAUAAAAUUGAAUUAUUAGAUGAAUAUAAACAAAUUAUAGCAAGACAAGAUUAUUAUGAAUUAUCUCAUUUAUUACCAUUAUGGUCAAUAUCACAUAUUCGAUAUAAUCGACAAAUAAUUAUACGUUUUAAUAUAUUUACAAAAAAUUUUGAUUUAAUGUUAAAAUUUUAUAAACAUUUAUUUCAACGUAAACCUAAUUCAAGUAAAACUGGUUUUGUACUUUUUAAUUUAUCAUCAUCAAUUAAUAGCAAAUUACUUUAUCAAUUUUCUAUUAAAUAUUCUCCAUCAAUUCAAUCAUAUACAAUAUCUCAAGGAGCUUAUUUAAAAUUUCGAUUAAAUAAUUUAAAUAAUUUUAUUCAUGAAUAUACAAGUAAAUUAUUUACAAUAAAUAAAUAUGAAUAUUAUAUUUAUGAUCCAGAUGGAAAUCUUCUUCAUUUAUAUUUACAUAAUAUAUCAUCGAAUACAAAAGAAUGUAUAUCAUUAAAACCAUCAAUACAUACAAAUGAUAGUGGUUUUGGUGAUAGUAGUGAUCCAUCAAUGCAAUUAUUUAAUUCAAAUAUAUCACAAAUUUAUCCACUAAAUAAUGAUAUUGAUGGUCAAAGUUAUUCAUCAAAUGAUUCUGCUCAAUGUAGUUCUUUAUCAUCAAAUGAAUUAAAUACAAUAAAACCGACAGUUCAUCAUAAUCAUGUUACUUCAAAGAACAAUAUAUCAGUUCGAUCAGCAAAAAAAAGUGAAAUUGAUUAUAGACUAAAACAACAACAAAGAACAGUGCUUCCUCAUCUUUCUCUAAAAUAUCCGUCAUGGCAACCAUCGUUAUAUCUUAGUGAACCACAUUUGUCAAAUAUAAUAAACUAUAAUAAUCGAUAUUAUUCAUCAAUGAAUAAUAUGGAAAAAUCGAAUAAAAUUCAUUCAUUUUCAACUAAUUAUUUCCAAUCACCAAUAUUAAAAAAUUCAAAUAAUAAUGAUUAUGAUACUUCCUAUGGAGUCGAUUCUCCACAUAUACAAUCAGAAACAUUAAUAAAUCCAUCUACAUACGGUUAUCUUAAUGCAUUUUUGUUAAAAAAACAACAACAACAACAACAACAACAACAACAACAAUGUAUUCAUUCACAUAAAUUCAAAGAAAACGUUGCUCAAUUUGAAGGAUCAAAUAUAAUAUCAAUGACAUCACGACCAAAAUCAGCACCAUUAACUGAUCAAUCAUCAUUAUCACUGUGGAAACCAACCGAAAUUCUUCCACAACAACGUAUUCAUAAUACAUCAACACCGAUAUCAUAUAAAUCUUCACAAUUAUGUGCGAAAUCUUUAACAUAUGAAUUGGAAAAUUCUAAUAACGAUACAUUGAAUACAGAUGAUGAAAAGAUAAAUAAUACAGUGAAUCAAAUACGAAGUCCACGAAUUAAUAUUGGUAUAACAUUAGAUUCUCGUUUAAGAAAAACACCUGUACUUGAUAUGUUAAGAAGUACAACGAUGCAAUCAGAUAUAAUCGAACCGAAACAAUUGAAUAGAACAAAUUCAUUACGACAUACAUUUAUACCAAUUGCACGGUUUUAA